UCUCGCUCCCGUUGUUUGUGGUAAGUCGCCUCUCCGAAGACUCCGCGACGAGAGACCGGAUUAGCGGAGGAGGAGGAGGAAGAAGAAGAAGGCAUCCUUAUCGAAAGAGAUAGAUGUUACAUUAAAAGAAAGAAGAGAAGAGAAGAGAAAGGAGGAGGAGACGAAGGAAAGAGGGAGGAAGGGGACCAGAAGGAAGGCGUUUCCUCCGCCCACCCUCGCCCCCGCUUCCCACACCUUCAAGAUUCGGUGGGCUCGGUGUCAUCUCUCCUGCAGCAGGACGACAGGAUGGAGCUGCGAUCGCCGGGACGGUACCUCCGGCAGUACGAUGAGGAGUACGGCGGCAGCGAGGUCUGCACAUCCAGCGAUGACUUCGAUAUCCCGGCCAAGAACGCCCCCGUCGAGCGCCUCCGCCGAUGGAGGCAAGCUGCCCUCGUGUUGAAUGCUUCUCGUCGAUUUAGAUACACAUUGGAUCUAAAAAGGGAUGAAGAAAAAGAACAAAUAAGGGGGAAAAUUCGGGCUCAUGCUCAAGUCAUACGGGCAGCAUAUCUUUUUAAGGAGGCCGGGGAAAGAGAGCCACCAGAUAGUGUUGGAGGAAAGACAAUAGCUCCUGUUGGUGGUUUUCAAAUUGGAGUGGAGCAGCUCACUGUGAUGAAUAGGGAUCAUAAUUUUUCGGCUCUACAAGAAUAUGGGGGGGUUAAAGGGCUGUCAGAUAUGCUGAAGACCAAUAUUGACAGGGGAAUUAGUGGAGAUGAUGCAGAAUUAUUGCAUAGAAGGAAUACAUUUGGGGCUAACACAUAUCCUCAAAAGAAAGGAAGAAAUUUUUUGGUUUUUUUAUGGGAAGCCUGCCAAGAUUUAACCCUUAUUAUCUUGAUGGUAGCUGCAAUUCUAUCUCUGGCACUGGGCAUACAGACAGAGGGUUUAAGCGAAGGAUGGUAUGAUGGUGGUAGCAUUGCCUUUGCUGUUAUUCUUGUUGUACUCGUUACAGCUAUCAGUGACUAUAAACAAAAUCUUCAAUUUCAAAAUCUGAACCAGGAGAAGCAAAAUAUACAUUUGGAGGUAAUCAGAGGUGGUAGAAGAACUGAAGUUUCAAUAUUUGAUCUCGUAGUUGGUGAUGUUGUUCCUCUUAAAAUUGGAGAUCAGGUUCCUGCUGAUGGCAUUUUACUAUCUGGCCAUUCUCUCGCCAUUGAUGAAUCUAGUAUGACCGGAGAAGCCAAGAUUGUUCACAAAGAUCAAAAGGCCCCAUUUUUGAUGUCUGGUUGUAAGGUUGCUGAUGGCUAUGGUACCAUGUUGGUAACCUCUGUUGGAAUCAAUACUGAAUGGGGUCUAUUGAUGGCCAGUAUUUCGGAGGAUAAUGGUGAAGAAACUCCUUUGCAGGUGCGCUUGAAUGGUGUUGCUACUUUCAUUGGUAUAGUUGGCCUGACAGUUGCUGCUGCAGUUCUUGUAGUCCUCCUAGCUAGGUACUUCACUGGGCAUACAAAGAAUCCUGAUGGAACUGUUCAAUUCAUAAGGGGACAAACAGGUGUAAGAGAUGCAGUAAAUGGAGCCAUUAAGAUCUUGACUGUUGCAGUGACAAUUGUGGUUGUUGCGGUGCCUGAAGGGCUUCCACUGGCUGUGACCUUGACCCUUGCAUACUCAAUGCGAAAGAUGAUGGCAGACAAGGCCCUGGUGCGUAGGCUUUCAGCUUGUGAAACCAUGGGUUCAGCAACAACAAUCUGCAGUGACAAGACUGGAACUCUGACCCUGAAUCAGAUGACUGUUGUGGAGGCAUAUGCUGGUGGAAUGAAGUUAGAUCCUCCAGAUGAUGUUGAACAGUUGUGUGAUAUAUCUCCUCUACUGAUUGAAGGCCUUGCUCAGAAUACAACUGGUGAUGUGUUUGAACCUGAGGAUGGUAAAGCUAUUGAGGUUUCCGGCUCACCCACAGAAAAGGCCAUCCUUUCUUGGGGGGUUAAGCUGGGAAUGAAGUUCAAUGAAGUGAGAUCUAAAUCUUCAAUCCUUCGUGUCUUUCCUUUCAACUCAGAUAAAAAGCGAGGAGGUGUCGCAGUACAGCUGCCAGACUCUAGGGUUCACGUCCAUUGGAAGGGGGCUGCUGAAUUAGUGUUAGCCUGUUGUUCCAGUUGGCUUGCUCUGGAUGGUUCGGUUCAACCAAUGACCUCAAACAAGAUGAACGAAUUUAAGAAGUCAAUUGAGGAUAUGGCAGCAGUUAGCCUACGCUGUGUUGCGCUUGCAUAUAGACUGUAUGAUCUGGGAAAAGUUCCAAAUGAGGAACAUAGAGACACCUGGGAGUUGCCUGAUGAUGAAUUGAUUCUGCUUGGUAUUGUGGGGAUAAAGGACCCUUGUCGUCCAGGGGUAAUGGAUGCUGUGAAAUUAUGCACUAAAGCAGGUGUCAAGGUGCGCAUGGUAACUGGAGACAACAUCCAAACAGCAAAGGCCAUAGCUUUGGAGUGUGGGAUACUUGAUUCAGAUGACAAUGCCACUGAACCAACCGUUAUAGAAGGAAAAGCAUUCCGUGCCUUGUCUGAAACAGCAAGAGGAGAAAUUGCUGAGAGGAUAACUGUAAUGGGUAGGUCGUCUCCCAAUGACAAACUUUUACUUGUCCAAGAAUUAAGAAAAAAGGGUCAUAUAGUUGCUGUGACUGGAGAUGGCACAAAUGAUGCUCCUGCAUUACAUGAGGCAGAUAUAGGUCUUGCAAUGGGAAUUCAGGGGACAGAAGUUGCAAAAGAAAGCUCGGACAUCAUCAUAUUGGAUGAUAAUUUUGCAUCAGUAGUCAAGGUUGUCCGGUGGGGCCGUUCUGUCUAUGCAAAUAUUCAGAAAUUCAUCCAGUUCCAGCUAACUGUCAAUGUUGCAGCCCUUGUAAUAAAUGUGGUUGCAGCAGUUUCAUCUGGCGAUGUACCUUUAAAUGCUGUACAGCUUCUUUGGGUCAACCUCAUCAUGGACACGCUUGGAGCGCUUGCAUUGGCAACUGAACCACCAACAAACCGGCUUAUGAACAGACCCCCUGUUGGUCGAAGGGAGCCUCUCAUUACAAAUAUCAUGUGGAGAAAUUUAAUAAUACAGGCUUUUUAUCAAGUAGCUAUCCUCCUUGCUUUCAACUUUGGUGGCAGGAGUAUCCUGCAUAUGAAGGAUGAUACUGUAGAACAUGCAGAAAAAGUGAAGAAUACCUUUGUAUUUAAUACAUUUGUCCUAUGCCAGAUAUUCAAUGAGUUCAAUGCUCGAAAACCGGAUGAAAAGAAUGUUUUCCGUGGAGUCACAAAGAACCACCUCUUCAUGGGGAUAAUUGGAAUAACCGUUCUACUUCAGGUUUUGAUAAUCGAAUUCCUUGGACAUUUUACUUCAACUGUCAGGCUCAAUUGGAAGCUGUGGCUGAUCUCAAUUGUUAUAGCUUUUGUAAGUUGGCCUCUGGCUCUUCUUGGGAAGUUCAUACCAGUUCCUGAGGCUUCUUUCAGAUGCCGGAGGAACCCCCAACACCAAGAUGAGAGGGCCGACAGGCAGCGAGAUGACAACAAUAUUUGAUAUGCAGCAGCUGUUCAAAAUGUGGAUAUUUUGCUAAACUGCCUAGCUGUCGCAUUCUUGCGUCAUAUAGUGAAGAGCAUAGCCCUGCUUCUAAUAUGUAUAUUAAUUGAACAAAUGGUUCUACUUCGCUCUUAAGCGAGUGCAACUCCUUUGUACGGGGCGACAUCUAACAUAUCUCAAGGUCUAAUAUAUGUAACAAACAUUCCAUGUGCUUGCAUAAAGCUAGUCACAGAUCUCCCAUCCGUUUAUAGUUUUGGUUAUUA